UGUUCACAAGUUAUAAAGCCUAACAACGCCUUCUCAACCUGACUAGCACAUUUUUAGCCUAGUCAUUCUGAAUCAUUAAAAACAACAACAACAACAAAGACACCAACAACAAAAGUAACACUAAGCCAAAUCAGCUACAGAUAAGAGGCAGCGCGCGCGUCAAAAGUAAACAAUCAAAUAAUUUCCAUAUGGGUAAUCGAUAGAACCGCUCGGACGCUCACUCGCUCGCUCGGUAAUCAGCGAACAUAGUACGCGUUAUUGCACACCUUGUGAAAUUUUUGUUAUCAUCUAUGGCGGGAAUUCGGAACGGGAGGGGAGUUAUCAUUUGAGAUAACUACAAGUUUUAUAAUCCGAGGCGGUUUGCUAUUUUUUGGUAGUGUCCCAACUCAGUUAGGCUAGGGAAGUGAAUCGGUUAAGUUUGUUAAUUGUAGAGAAAAACGAAACUUAGGCAAAAGAUCGCCCAGAAAAAAGUGCCCAAUUGUGAAAGUGUUUAGAGAAAACAAUAAACCCGACUCCAACGGCAAGUUGUGAGAGUGGUAGUGUUGGAGUAGCUAUCUAUGAAUGUAGAACAAACGUGAUCUAAAAAAAAAAGAAAAUAUAUUAUAUAAAGAAUAAGAAAAUAAUACAAAACCUUUUUCAAAAUGCAAUCCUUUAAAUCCGACGAACUGCCGGAGAAUCCGCGCGAAUCCUCAAAUCCUUUGUCCACAAUGAUGUUUUGUUUCACAAUGCCAACAUUUUUCAAAGGUCGCAAAAAAGUCUUAGACGAAUCGGAUUUGUUUCGGGCCCUCAAAGAACACAAAUCUGAUCUCAUGGGUAAUAAGUUGAGUCAAGCAUGGCAGGAUGAACUUGAGAAAAGCAGUCACAAAGGCAAAGAUCCCAGUCUGAUUAAGGCCACAAUUAGGGUUUUUGGUCUGCAUUACAUGCUCUUGGGUAUAUUGAUGUUUUGCUUUGAAAUAUUCUUUAGAUGUUCUCAGCCAUUAUUUUUGGGUGCCCUCGUCUCAUAUUAUGCCGAUCCGGAAACAGAUAAAACCGAUAAAUCAAAGGCAGGGCUCUAUGCCUUGGGUGUGAUUUUAAGCAGUGCUGGAAGUGUGCUCUUUAUGCAUCCCAACAUGUUGGGUAUUGUCCAUGUGGGUAUGAAGAUACGUGUGGCCAUUUGCAGUAUGAUUUAUCGCAAGGCCUUGCGUUUGAGUAAAAGUGCCAUGGUCAAUACGACAUCGGGUCAAAUGGUCAAUUUGAUAUCGAAUGAUGUGGGUCGGUUGGAUACCUCGGUGUUGCAUAUGCAUUUUGUGUGGAUUGGACCACUGGAGAUAUUUGUGGUUACCUAUUUUAUGUAUAAGGAGAUUGGCCCCUGUUCCUUGAUUGGUGUGGCCGUUAUGUUACUCUUUGUACCCAUACAGGGAUUUUUGGGCAAAAAGACCUCCGUUUUGCGUCUGCGCACUGCCCUCUGCACCGACGAACGUGUACGCCUGAUGAACGAAAUCAUUUCCGGCAUUCAGGUGAUCAAAAUGUAUGCCUGGGAGAUACCAUUUGGAAAAAUGGUCGAUUUUGCACGACGCAAAGAAAUGAAGGCUAUACGUUAUGUCAACUAUAUUCGAGGCAUGAUCGGUUCGUUUAUCAUGUUCAUCUCGAGAAUCUCAAUAUUUAGCAGUUUGGUAAGCUACGUUUUGCUUGGUAACUUCCUGACGGCAGAGAAGGCAUUUGUGGUCACAGCUUAUUAUGGUAUCCUAAGAAUGACCAUGACGGCAUAUUUCCCCAUGGCUGUGGCUCAAGUUGCCGAAACUUUGGUUUCAUUCCGUCGCAUACAGAAAUUUAUGCUUUUGGAUGAAGUGGAGGCGUCGAAAGGAGAACCAAAGGCAGAUGGUAAAACCAUCCCAGCCAUAAUCAGUGAAAAUGGUAAAAGUGUACAAGUUAGUACGGUACCCACAAAGGAGCCUGGCAUUGUGCUGAAGAAUGUUCGGGCCAAAUGGAAUCCCGAAGCGGCGGAAAAUAAUUUGGAAAAUGUCUCGUUGGAAUUCAAAGAGAAACAAUUGAUAGCUGUCAUUGGACCGGUGGGAGCGGGCAAAUCAACUUUAAUACAAACCAUUCUGGGUGAGCUACAACCCACCUCGGGUUCGGUCACAGUCAAUGGUACCGUAUCGUAUGCCUCACAGGAACCUUGGCUCUUCACCGGCACAGUACGGCAAAAUAUACUCUUUGGUCAACAGAUGGACAAGAAACGCUACAACUUGACGGUGAAGAAAUGUGCCCUGGAAAGAGAUUUUGAGCUCCUGCCCUAUGGAGAUAAGACCAUUGUGGGAGAACGUGGUGCCUCAUUGUCGGGUGGUCAGAAGGCUCGUAUAAAUUUGGCACGAGCUGUUUAUCGUCAGGCAGACAUUUACCUCUUAGACGAUCCCCUCUCUGCAGUGGAUACGCACGUUGGGCGCCAUCUUUUCGAUCAAUGUAUGCGACAAUAUUUACGUGAUCGCACUGUUAUCCUUGUCACCCAUCAGCUGCAAUUUUUGGAACAAGCUGAUGUCAUAGUCAUCUUGGAUAAGGGUCAAGUGCGAGCUGUAGGCACCUAUGAAUCGAUGCGUCAAAGUGGUUUUGAUUAUGCCAAGCUAUUGCUGCACAAGGGCGAUGAGGACGAAGAAGAGGGUGGCGAAGAAACAGAUGGUAAAAUUGAUGAUAAUCGAGAUGCACAGAAAAUGAAGCGUCAGAAUAGUAAACAAAGGCAGAGGCAAAUAAGUGUUACCUCCGUGGCUUCCACGGUGGAGUCUGUGGAGGAUAUGGCGCCCAAGCAGGUGGAGGAAACAAGAGAGCAAGGCAAGAUUGGUUUGAAAUUGUACAAGAAAUAUUUUGGCAGCAGUGGCAGUGUUGUCAUACUCAGCCUUAUGAUUUUCUUUUGUGUGGGAGCUCAGGUUCUGGGUUCAGGUGGUGAUUAUUUCUUGUCGUAUUGGGUCAACAAAAACGAAAACAAACUUCACGAAAUCGAUACACGUGUCGAAAUGCAAACAGAUCCAGUGGACAUUUACAUUUUCACCGCCAUCAAUGUGGCCAUUAUCAUAUUCGCCCUGAUGCGUAGCAUUAUGUUCUUCAAUUUGGCCUCGAAAUCCUCGACGCGUCUUCACAACAAUAUGUUUGUCAGUGUCACCCGAGCCAGCAUGUAUUUCUUCAAUACAAAUCCUUCGGGUCGUAUCCUGAAUCGUUUCUCCAAGGAUAUGGGUAGUGUCGAUGAAAUAUUGCCCCAAGUUAUGAUUGAUGUGAUACAGAUCUUCUUAUCCCUAUUGGGUAUUGUCAUUGUGCUGUGUCUUGUGAACCCGUACUAUAUUGUGGCCACUGUGGUAAUGGUUAUCAUAUUUUACUUUAUGAGAUCUUUCUAUUUGAAGACGUCCAGGGAUGUUAAGCGAUUGGAGGCUAUAACUCGUUCGCCGAUUUACACCCACCUGGGAGCAUCUUUGAACGGUCUCUCAACCAUACGUGCCUUUGAAGCUCAAGAAAUUCUCAUUCAGGAGUUCGACAACUAUCAAGAUCUGCACAGCUCCGGCUUCUAUAUGUUCCUGUCAACAAGUCGUGCCUUUGGUUAUUGGCUGGAUUGUUUCUGUGUCAUUUACAUCGCCAUUAUUACGCUCAGUUUCCUGCUCUUCUCCCCAGAGAAUGGAGGUGAUGUUGGCUUGGCCAUUACCCAAGCAAUGGGUCUUACUGGUAUGGUCCAGUAUGGUAUGCGGCAAUCGGCUGAAUUAGAGAACACCAUGACAUCGGUGGAACGUGUUGUGGAAUAUGAGAGCAUUGAACCGGAGGGUGAACUUGAAUCGGAACCCAACAAGAAGCCACCCAAGACAUGGCCUGAGAAGGGUACAGUUGUCUUUGACAAUUUGAGUUUGCGUUAUGCCCCCGAUCCCAAGUCCGAUUAUGUUUUGAAAUCGUUGAAUUUCGUUAUACAAUCAUGUGAGAAAGUUGGUAUUGUGGGUAGGACAGGAGCUGGCAAGUCGUCGUUGAUCAAUGCUCUCUUCCGUUUGUCCUUUAAUGAUGGUUCGAUUGUGAUUGAUAAGAGGGAUACUGAUGAUAUGGGUUUGCAUGAUUUGAGAUCGAAAAUUUCCAUUAUACCCCAGGAACCUGUGCUGUUUUCGGGUAGCAUGCGUUACAAUUUGGAUCCAUUCGAUGAGUAUUCCGAUGCCAAACUGUGGGAGGCUUUGGAGGAGGUCAAACUCAAACAAGUUGUGGCCGACAUGCCCAAUGGCUUGCAUGCCAAAAUCUCGGAAGGUGGCACCAAUUUCAGUGUGGGUCAGCGUCAAUUGGUCUGCCUGGCUCGAGCCAUUCUACGUGAAAAUCGUAUUCUUGUCAUGGAUGAAGCCACUGCCAAUGUAGAUCCCCAGACGGAUGCUCUCAUUCAAACCACAAUACGUCAUAAAUUCCAAAAUUGUACCGUUCUCACGAUAGCCCAUCGUCUGCAUACCGUCAUGGAUUCGGAUAAGGUGUUGGUCAUGGAUGCCGGCCGAGCUGUGGAAUUUGGUUCACCCUACGAGUUACUCACCCAAUCUAAGGUUGGCAUUUUCCAUGGUAUGGUCAAGCAGACUGGCCAAGCGACAUUCGAGAAUUUAUUCCAAGUUGCCCAAAAGGCAUAUGAGAAAAACAUGCAAGGCUAGAAGGAUCAGUAGAUGUAGGAUGUGAUAUUAAGGACUCAUGUAACUAACUACCGGCCAGCCUGGCAAAUGGAAUUGUAUUUUGGGGACAGACAAAGAAGAAAAGUAAAGGAUGAAUAGAGAAAUGUAUGUAGAAUACUUUUCAUCCCCCUGCCCCAUCCCACUCUUGCCAGUUGUUAAUUUGUUUUAAUUUUUAGCUUAAGUAGCAACAAAUGUAUUUUAUAAGUUCAGUUAUAAUGAACCUAGAUAUGUAAAUAUAUGUUUAAGUAUUCCCCUCCGCCCCAAACUCACACACACACACACAACGAAUAUAUUAACAACAAUAAUUUUCGUCUCUGUAAAUAACAUGAAAAAUAAUAAAAA